AAACUGUCAAACAAAAAGUUCGUUUUGGCUGGUGCGGUUGUUUGGGUGUGUUUUACGCCCAAAUAUUUUAUUUUAUCACUGAAAAUGUAUUUCUUUACUAGUUAUUAAGUUGAGAUUCUUUAAUCACAAGUGUUUCCACUAUGGAGAAAGUUAAUUGCACUCUCUUAGCGAUUUCGCUAUGUGUUUUGUAUUGGGGUGUGGCCGGCCAAUACGAAUGGCAAAUACGCGACUCCUUCGACGAAAUUCGUGGUAAAAUGGAUAAAAUCUCGCCGGACAACUGUUAUAUUUCACAUUUGGACGAUCUGUACCUGCCCGAGGACUCGGUAUCGCAUCACCCGGACGUGAAGGAGAUAAACAUAAACCCUGUGUUUCCGAAUCGAACCGCUCUGUUGCAUCUCCACAACAUGGCGAUGAACCGGGCCUUCUUCUGGAGCUACAUCCUGCAGUCGCGGUUCAUCCGGCCCGCCAUCAACGACACCUACGACCCCGGUAUGAUGUACUACUUCCUGUCUUCUGUAGCUGAUGUCUCCGCCAACCCCUACAUCAACGCCUCUUCCAUUUACUUCUCCCCUAAUAUGUCGUACACGUCUUCGUACCGAGGCUUCUUCAACAAGACCAUGCCGAGAUUCGCCCCCCGAGCUUACAGAGCUGAUGACUUCAAUGAUCCUGUGCAUCUACAGAAAAUCUCCACUAUGAACACAUUCCAUGUUGAAGAUUUGGGGGCUUUUGAGAAAGACAGCUUGUCUAAGGAUUACACCAGUGAUUUCUACCGCACAAAUGAGUGGUACCACCUGUGGCUGCCUGACAAAGUUGAUAAGAGACAUGACACAAAGACUACCUAUCAAGUAGAGAUCAGAUACUCUAAUAACACUAAUGAGACAUUUACAUUCCACGGACCUCCUGGUAAUGAUGAGACCCCAGGUCCAGUAAACUGGACGCGGCCAUAUUUUGACUGCGGAAGACUGAACAAAUGGCUGGUGGGAGCUGUCUCACCGGUAGCGGACAUCUACCCUCGUCACACACAGUUCAGACACAUUGAAUACCCAACGUACACAGCUGCAGUGGUAAUGGAACUGGAUUAUGAUCGAAUAGAUAUAAAUCAAUGUCCACCGAGUCAAGGGAAUGAUGGGCCGAAUAGAUUUGCCUCUACAGCACGAUGUAAAGAAGAGACCACAGAGUGUGACCCAAUCCACGGCUGGGGGUUCCGCCGCGGCGGCUACCAGUGCCGCUGCCGGCCCGGGUUCCGCCUGCCCAACCUGGUCCGCCGCCCCUACCUCGGGGAGAUCCUGGAGCGAGCCACCUCCGACCAGUACUACAACAACUAUGACUGUAUGCCUAUUGGAUGGGUGCAGAGAAUGCCAGUGCAAUGGGAGAAGGCGCACCCGUUCAUUCGCGCGUUGUACCGGGACCAGUACUACGAGUAUGUGAACGCGACGAGUGGGCCCGCCGCGCUGCACACGGAGCGAGUCAAUGUGUAUGAGGUGCUGAACUUUAUUAGAGGAGUGCAGCCGAAUAACUGUUCCAAAUACAACCCAUCAGACCUGUUCCUGAACGGCGACGUGGCGUACGGCAACGAGGAGCAGUUCCAGAACCAGGCCAAGAUGGCGGUGCGCCUCGCCAACUUCAUCAGCGCAUUCUUGCAGGUGUCAGACCCAUCAGAAGUGUUCAGCGGCACGCGCGUGGCGGACCGCCCGCUCACCGAGGACCAGAUGAUCGGGGAGACGCUCGCACUCGUGCUGGGAGACAGCAAGAUUUGGUCCGCUGGCACGUACUGGGACCGCAACAAGUUCACAAACCGCACAUACUUCGCUCCCUUCGCGUACAAGACGGAGCUCAACACGAGGAAGUUCAAACUGGAGGAUCUGGCACGACUGAACACUACUGAGGAAGUAUACACCAACAAAGACUGGUUCCAAACUCUAAAACAACGCUGGUCUACCACAUUCGACAGCCUCGAGAAAUUCUACCUCAAGAUGAAGAUUCGUGACGACGAACUAGGAAAGUACCUGAAGAGAUACGAAAGAUAUCCGACGUUUUACAGAGCAGCUAAUAUAGAACACGGCCAUUGGACGCGGCCUUACUACGACUGUCAUGGCCAUUUGAAACAAUGGGUGAUCACGUAUGCCGCACCUUUCUUUGGGUGGGACAGCGUUAAAGUGAAACUCGAGUUUAAGGGCGUUGUCGCAGUCACCAUGUCGCUGAUGUCUCUGGACAUCAACCAGUGUCCGGACAAGUACUACGUGUCAAACGCGUUCAAGGGCACCGACAAAUGCGACCGAAAAUCCUCUUAUUGCGUCCCGAUUCAAGGCCGUGGAUUCGAGGCUGGCGGCUACAAGUGCGAGUGUCUCCAAGGCUACGAGUACCCAUUCGAAGACCUCAUCACCUACUACGACGGCCAGAUAGUCGAAGCGGAGUUCCAGAACAUUAUCGCCGACAAAGAAACCAGAAUUGACAUGUUCAAGUGCCGACUGGCGGGAGCGGCGGCCAUACAGAGCAGCUUCACUGUGCUCGGUGCCAUCUUGUUUGCAUUGUACCAGCUCAGGUAAAAUGGCGGCCCGGUGUUGCCAAACGCAAAAAAAUACCCAAAGUUACGGGUAAACUGAUUUUACGCUGUAUCUCGUUCAAAUCUUAAUUUUUUAUAUGUUUUUCUAACGAAUUGUAGUGUAGUGGUUAUCUUUAAGUGCCUUAUCGUAUGAAUUAUAUAAAUCUGCCGUCCAAAUCAAAUACUUAAUCAUACGAGUAGUACUUACACAAAUCUAAAUUUUUACUUUAAAAUCUACAUUCUAUUUUUUAAAUUUACUUACUCUCAUUUAUAAUUUUCUUUAUACUUACUUUCCAUUUAUAUAGACUGAAAAUAUGUUAUAUUAUAAGAAUCUCAAGUUUGCAUCUAUUUAGUUACUUAAGUUAUAUUAUAAGUGUGACAUUAAUUAUGUACAAUUUAUACAAGUAGACCACAAUAUUUUAUAUAAUUCAUAUUAUUUUAUUAUCAUGAUUUUACAAACAUUCCGCAGUAAUUGUAAAAAUAAAUGAUUAUGCUAAAUUAGCAUGAACUGUACCGUCCAUAAUGAGUGCCUUUACAAUUUUGCAAUAAAUAUGAUGAAAUU